AAUAAUUUAAAAAAAUUAAAAAGGCAGAGGGGAGGAGAAAAAGAAAAUGUGGAGUCCGCGGGCUACUGAACUCUCGCGUCCUCUUCCUUAAAUUCGCCAGCGGCAUUUCUUCGUAUUUUAGCCGAGUGAUCGCCGCGCGGGCGUUCAGACGCGUUAUUGGCGUGAAGUCUGGAGAUGUUGCGGGGUUUUUUCUUGGCGAAGACGAAGGAUUUUCUCCGUCUCUGAAGCGAGAGGCCGAUCUCCCGGCGAUCUUCUCCGCCGGCGGUUCUCCAGAGCCUGAGGUGUUGCGGUGAGGAGGAGGAAGAAAGAGUCGAAGGAGAGAUUUUCAUUUUUCUUUUGUUUUUCCGUUUAGGCGUUUUUUUUUUCCGGACUCGGAUUUUUGGAGCUUUUCGUUUUGUUCAGGCGAGGGAUACGACGGCGGAGAGUUUGCUGGUCUGUUUCUGCCGUCUUCUGGUUGUCCUUGUCUCUGCUGGAGAUUUGGCCGGAAACAUUUGGUUCCUUUUGGUGUUUUACAAUCAUUUUAGGCCGGAAAGUGAAAAAUCGUGCUUCGGGCGAGUUCCCGAUAAAAAGUUUCGGUUUUUCUUUCUUUCUUUCUUGCUUUCCGGAAGUUCCCUAGGUUCGAUCGGUGUCGGGAAACUGUUGUUCUUUUCAAAGUCGGGGAGAAUUCCGUUGCUUCUAAAGGCUUCAGCCUUCGUUUCUGAUAAGCUUCAGUUGAUAGUCUGGUUAUCUGAGGAUUUCCGGCAGUCUUCCCUGACAAAAGCGAGCUUCGCGCUUUCUCUAACGAAACCCCGAAACUUGCAAAUUUCCUCAGUUGAUCUCAUUCUUGAAUAAUAUUUCCUUUUUUCUCUGAUCUGUUUUUAGCCGAAAAAUGAAGCUUCGAUGUUCAUUUGUGGCCUAAAAAUUAAGUUUUUAAUCGAAUCCUCGCCAGCAAUGAUGAAGCCAAUAAGAUUGGAAACGAUCGUCCUUAUCAUUGUAUUUGACGCUCUCCUUCUGCCGUCUAUCGCCGUUCAGAACUGCAAUCGCAGAUGCGGCUCAAGAAACGUCCCUUACCCGUUUGGAUUCUCAGGCGAAUGCCCGGUUAAAUUACUCUGUCAAGAAGAUCACAUCACCUUCCAUGGACUCCCUGUCCUCAAUUUCACCGCAGAUAGUGUCAUACUUGAGUUCCCAAUGAAUUGCAGCCGCCCAUUUCAACACUGGCGAGACUUCUUCGGACCAUCGUACGCCCUGACGAGCCAAAAUGGCCUCCUGUUGAGUAACUGCCGUUCCCUAGUCUCCAACUGCGUCCUUUCGGGCCCUCUGAUCACUGAACGCCUCGGAAUCGGCUGUCCUUUGGUGAACGUCAGUUGUUUCUCGGAUGAUUCCGGCGGGUUCGUCAACAAGUCCCUGGUUUCGGGUUUGGAAUGUGAGAAAUUGUUGUCAUCCCUCACCCUGGAUGAUCUAGCAAUGCCAGCGAAGUCUCUCGACUUUCAGACGGUGGAAGUCGGAUGGUGGCUGGAGAACAUAAACUGCUCGGCGUGUUCCCUGAAUUCCAAUUGCUCACACAUCAAGUCUCCGGCCACCGGUCGGCGUGGUUUUAUUUGCAAGUGCAAAGAAGGGUUCGUCGGAGAUGGAUUCGUUGAUGGUGAUGGGUGCCAGAAAAUUUCUUCGUCAUGCAAUCCAUCAAAAUACAUGUCCGGCCGAUGCGGGGGUACUGCCAGAAUUGGAGUUCUUAUUGGAGGCCUGGUAGCGGGAGCGUUAGUGAUGGCUUUGGUUGGCGUCCUAUUCUUCUGCCUCCGGCGGCGACGUUCAUCUAGAAAGUCCCGAAUGAGUGCAAAACACCUGUUGUCUAAAGCAGCUGGUUCUUUCACCGUUCCAUUAUAUACCUACAAAGAGAUAGACAAAGCUACAACUGGUUUCUCAGAAAAACAGAGGCUAGGCACAGGGGCAUAUGGCACAGUCUAUGCAGGAAAACUGCACAAUGAUGAAUGGGUAGCAAUUAAGAAGAUCAGACAUAGGGAUAUGGAUGGAAUUGAACCGUUUAUGAAUGAAAUCAAACUUCUGUCAUCAGUCAGCCACCCCAACCUGGUUCGGCUCUUAGGGUGGUGCGUCGAUCGAGGCGAGCAGAUUCUUGUCUAUGAGUUUAUGCCCAAUGGAACUCUUGCACAGCAUUUACAGCGAGAGAGAGGUGAAGGCCUCUCUUGGCCUAUAAGGUUGGAAAUUGCAGCUGAAACUGCACACGCCAUUGCUCAUCUCCACUCUGCGAUAGACCCACCAAUCUACCACAGAGACAUUAAAUCCAGCAACAUCCUCUUAGAUUACAAUUUCAAGUCGAAAGUUGCAGAUUUCGGUCUGUCAAGAAUGGUUUCCACAGAAACAUCUCAUAUCUCCACAGCUCCACAAGGGACCCCUGGCUAUCUAGAUCCUCAGUACCACCAAAACUUUCACCUUUCAGACAAAAGUGAUGUUUAUAGCUUCGGUGUGGUCCUUGUGGAGAUCAUAACUGCUAUGAAGGUGGUAGAUUUCUCUAGGAGCAACAAUGAGAUCAACUUGGCUGCGUUAGCGAUCGAUAAAAUUGGAAAGGGACGCGUCGAGGACAUAAUCGACCCGCUUCUAGAGCCACAGAAGGAUGCAUGGACCCUUUCAACUGUUCAUAAGGUGGCAGAGCUUGCUUUUAGGUGCCUUGCCUUCCACAGGGAUAUGAGACCGUCGAUGCUCGAGGUAGCGGUCGAGCUCGACAACAUCAGGUUCAGCUUCAACGACAAUAAACACGAGCUGUCUCCCUGCUCUUCAAUGUCAUCAGCAAGGUCUCAACUGCCAUCCAUGGUGAAACACACUGGCAACAUCAACCUUGUUGUUCCUCACACGGUGCUCGGGAUCCCUGCGGAAAAUGAGAUGUCCCCAUUGUCCGUUCAGGAGUCCUGGUUCAGUGAGCAGAGCUCUCCUUCAUCGAGCAGCCUGUUGGACAACGUCGUUCAGUGACAGAAAAAUCUCUGGAUCAGGUUUUUUUUUUUCUGUGAAUACCCACAUAAGUUACCCACACUAUCUUGUUCUUUUAUUACUGUCAUAAAUGAAAAUUUUCCCCAUUUCUCUCGUGAUUCA